CUGUGCUUUUAGGCAGGUCAGUAACGACGCGAAGGCUAUGCCGUAUCAUACUAGUACAUAUUGACAGACAGACAGUGACGUUUCCGCAUCCUGCUUUCCCCCAGACAUGAGUGGCUCCGCAACGCCAACGUCAGACACCGUUUCUCCACGUUCGCAACGUUUCCGAGACUCGGUUCAUAACAUCCCGACACCUGGUACAGAAGUACACCGGCCCAAGCGCUAUGAGCCUAUUGUUUUGAACAUCUACAUCGUUGGGAGCAUUGGUCUACUCAUGAUAUGUUUGGGUAUUGUGCUUGAAAUAGCUCUGCACAUAUCAGAUAGAAGCAAUGGCUUCUCCGUACCUGAAAAGAACGUGAUCACCUUCGUAUCAACUCAAUUCCUAACGUCGUUUGUUCCGACUUUAUUGGUAGUCCCACUCGCGUAUUUCUGGGCUGUAGCAGACUGGAUGCUCAGAUGGUACCAGCCAUAUGUCACGCUAUCCGAGGGCAACGCACCUGCAGCACGCAGUAUUCUACUAGACUAUAUCGCGCUCAAUCGAUUAACCACUUUAUACUAUUCCCUCAAGCACCGGCACUGGUUAAUAAAUGUAUCAACACUCACCGCCCUUUCUGCCGUCUUCAUGCAGCCGCUUGCUGGAUCCCUAUUUCAGGUACGACAGGUACCCUACGCAGCAGCUGCCACCGCAACAAGCAUGCGCAACGUCGGGCUGUCGACUACCAUCAAUCAACUCACUUCAUUUCUAGCUUCUGCAGGGUAUGUAGAUGCUGCAGUGUACAAUAACCUUCAAGAUCCGUCAUUCGUUCAUGGCGGAUGGUCUGCUGCUCCAUUCGCGCCCCCUGCAGGUUCCAUUUUGAACGGAACUCUAGCCGUAAACACCACUGCUAUUCAAACGCACGUCAACUGCACAAAACCAACCUCUUUCACGACUACCAAUCUCACCAGCUCGAAUGUUGCAUUAUCAGCUACCUUUUCGCCUAGCUGUAACGCCAGUCUCAGUCUUGACCCUAACGAUGGUCCCGACCAAUUCUCUGUGACAGCAGCGUCGACGUGCGCACCCUCGUAUCAGGAUCAAAACUUUCAGCCCGUCGUAUUCUGGUAUUAUCAUCUGUCUGAUAACGGAGACGCACUAGGGACUGCUGUUUUCUGCCAACCGAGUAUCGCCAUUUUCGUAGUCGCGACUACAAUGAAUCUCAAUGAUGGAUCUAUGGGAGCCUGUAUAAUCGUGGAGCCCUUUGAGAACACUAAUAACGUUACAGGCAAUCCUUUGAACGGCGAAGCUUUCAAUGGAGUCAUGUUUGAUGCGAGCAACAACACGUACCUUAUCGCCAGGUCUCUCGCCAUCAACUCGGGUAUUCCAGGAGCUAUAUAUCGCUUCGCUUCGCAGCAACCGAACGGUCCACAAUCCGUAUUCGAUGAUCCUUAUGGAUUCGUCAAUGCCACAAAGAAGAUCUAUACACAAUAUCUUUCUAUUGCCGCGCAAACCAUCUAUUUCCUGCCAAACAACGAGACUAUCCCUGCCCAGCUGACAUCAGAUCUCCCAAGGUUGUUCGUUGAAAGUCUACCAGCACACCUACUUUCCAUAUUAUUCAUUUGCAUCGGAAUUGCAUCCCUCAUCGUUCACGUCCUGCACAAGCGCUCUCGUAGAAAUCUUUGGUUGACCAGUCCACCCGGCUCGAUCGCAACCAUCGUAGCCCUCACAUCGCGUUCUGGCUUUGGCGAUCUCCUUCUGCCCUAUGACGACGUAUCGCGCAUGAAAAGCAACCUCGCCGGUCUUACCUUCCGUCUUGAUAAACGAACGGGCGCCAUAGUCGCGGAAGAAGACUUUGGCGUCGGCAAUACCUCUGACAAUGCAGCGCUGUUGGGCGGUAAAGGGGAUUAUGACAUGAAAAUGGGAGCGAACAACUUCUCUCCGCUGUCGCGCACAUCCUUCAAGGACCAGGCUGAAUUUGAAAGUUCUUGAUGGAAGGCUUUGCAUGUUGUCCUGUCUCCCAUGUGGGCCGGUUUUGAUAGAUGUUACACGCGAUUUAUUUGACAUUUACCGUUAUAUUUCGACUAUCCUUCGUUUAAUUUGACUAGCGUCCCUUCUCUCUCCACCUCGUUGAAAACAUGUGUGUAGUUUGUCAUCAUCACGAUGCUGUGUCCUCGAUCGAGAGUGAUAGACUAAUGUAUUGAUGCCUUGUGCCUUCGCCUCAGCCGUAAGAAUUGAG